AUGUCCGACCCCGACCACGACACCAUAUCCUCCCGCAUCUCCCCCUCCUGUCCGCCCGACAACCAGCGCGUGCUGACGGCCGCCUGGGCCCACGACCUCGCCGCCGUCAAGAAACUCCUCGACACCCCCGGCAAGGCGAGCGUGCAGGACCCCAUCACGGGCGAGACCCCGCUUCACGCCGCCAUCCGGUCGUGCGGUCCCGCGCCGUCGGAAGAGAACGGCGACGGCGACGACAACAACGAAGGUGACGACCCCGCCGACCUAGAGGCCGCCAAGAAAGUCGUCUACGAGCUGCUGCUGUGGGGCGGGAUUUGGAACGAUGUCGACGAUCGGAACGAGACCCCCGGCUGCGUGGCAUAUCGGCUAGGGCGCAAGGAGUUGUAUAACUUGUGUGUGGAGGCUGGUGUGCGGGCUGAGAUGUUGUUUGGCGUGAUGGAAGGGUAUGAGGAGCUGGAGAGUAUGGAUGGGGAAGAGGGGGAGGAUAUUGAGGUCAUCGAUAUGGAUGUUGACGAUGGGGAGAUGGUGGUCGUGGGCGAGGACGGAGAAGACGCCCCUGCGCUGGUUAAUGUCAAGCCUAGUGGGCAGAAUAAGGUGGAGGGCGAGGAAGAAGAUGAGGAGGAGGAAAGCAAGGAAGAAGAGGAACCUCGGUUUCAGCCUCCCAACGACGAUAUAGAGGCCGACGUCACUUCCGAGGCAUAUUUACGAUCGAAGCUGACAUACUCGGACGGCAAACUGGUCGACGACGACGGCAACGGUGUCAUGAUGGCUUGGGAGACCGAUAUCAUGCGCCAGAGCGUUGACGCUUUGUUACCAAACAAGGAGCCAGGGAAGCGGAUUCUCAAUAUCGGAUUUGGCAUGGGCAUUAUCGACACCAUGUUUGCCGAGACGAAGCCUUCCACGCAUCACAUUAUUGAGGCCCAUCCCGAGGUUUUGGAACACAUCUCUAGCUCCGGUUCCAAGUUUGGCUCCGCCUGGGAAGAAAGCGGCCCAGCCCCGGGUGCUUUCAAGGUGCAAACAGGGAAAUGGCAAGAAGUGUGCCAACGGCUUAUCGGGGAAGGGCAGAUAUACGACGCCAUCUACUUCGACACCUUUGGCGAAGACUACUCUCAGCUGCGCAAAUUCUUUACCGACUUUAUCCCAGGCCUGCUAGAUGGCGAAGGCAGAUUUGGCUUCUUCAACGGCCUCGGCGCGGACCGCUUGAUCUGCUAUGACGUUUACACCAAGGUAGCCGAGUUGCACCUAACAGACGCUGGCCUAGAUGUGGAUUGGAACGUAAUUGACGUCGACAUGUCGCACCUUGCCGAGGCUGGCAAGGGCGAGUGGGAAGGAGUAAAAAGGAGAUACUGGACUCUGGAUAAGCAGAAGCAAUGCUUUUGGUUGAGAGACAACUGCUAA